UGAAAAAUUGGGGAGUAUUCAAAUAGGGCGUGCGCGCAGUAUGUGUGUGUUCGAAGGAUAGAGAGAGAGGUGCUGUCGUCUUUGCUGAUCUCUUGUCUUUAGUAUUUUUUGCUCAGAGGUCUUCCACAGUCAUGUCGAUAGCCAGGGGAUCGGGCUCGUUGGCCAUGCUGGCCUCCACCCUUCUUUUGGGAUUUGGCGUUGCGUUCGCCCUCGGACAGAAUGACACGGAACCUGUUGUUUUGGAAGGAAAGUGUUUGGUUGUGUGCGACUCGAACCCGUCAGCCGAAGGUGGAGUGACCUCGUCGUUUGGGAUAUCAGUCCGAGCUGCUGGUGCCAAAGUGGCUUUCUCUGCUGUCAGAGGAACUAACCAUGAACCAUCAGAAAUGAGUAACAAAUCAAUGACAAUCUACUUUGAUCAGGUGUUAGUGAACAUUGGAAAUCAUUUCGAUCUCAAGGCGAGUGUCUUUCAGGCUCCGCGGCGAGGCAUUUACAGCGUCAGCUUUCAUGUCGUGAAGGUCUACAACCGACAGACAAUUCAGGUCAAUCUGAUGCACAAUGAAUAUCCAAUAAUAUCAGCGUUUGCCGGUGAUCAAGAUGUGACACGGGAGGCUGCGAGUAACGGAGUCCUGCUUCACCUGGAGCGCGAGGACAGACUCUAUCUCAAACUGGAGAGAGGAAAUCUCAUGGGUGGAUGGAAGUACUCCACUUUUUCUGGCUUCCUUGUUUUCCCUCUUUAAUUUGAUAUACUUUAAAUGGACCAGAUGGAAGACUAAGGGGACAUGUCUGUUCUUUCGAAAAUAAAGGUAGCAGAGAGAUCAUGGAAUUUGUUUUUAUUUUAUUUUACUGUCAGGAUAUGAUAACGAGUUGUAUGUGUGCGUGUUUAUGAGGGUUUUUUUUUUUUACCAAAUGACUAAUGUCAGCAUAAUGAUUUGGGAAAGAAUGGUUUUCAGAUCUUACUGUAUGUGUUUCAAAGGACAUUUUUGCAUUCAAGAGCACAUUUUGCACGAAACGUGUUCUGUUAUGUGCUCGUCAAUGUAUAUUUUGUAUACUAUUGUAUUAAUAUUAUAGCCCUUAUAAGUUUGAUGUGAAAUAUGAGCAAAGUACAAGACACAUUUCUCUAUAGUUGUUGUUCCGCUUAAUGCAUAUAGACGAGCAAUGAUAUCUUGCAUUUUUACAUAACUUGAAUGUAAAUACACCAUGUCAUUAACACGAAGAAUGUAGUAGGCUACUUAAAAUUCUUGCAAUAUUUGUUUUGCGAGAGCGAAAUAAAAACGUGUGAAAAGGGGAAGAAAAGCAGGAACGCUAUACGCUGUCCAUGGUGCUGAAAACCAGAUGUCCGUCUUCAACAAUUGACAUGCAGGCAUCAAAAUCACUUCAAUACAGAGACACAAAGCGCAACAUUCUUAAAACAUUUGUUUUGGAGAAAUACGUCGCCAUAAAUUAAGCACAUCAUAGACUUUCAAUGCCCACCUGAGUGAGACCACACCUUACAAGAUUUGUAAGCAUCUUGAAAGCUUGCCUAUACGAUUUCACAGCUAAUCGUGUUGUAAAAGUUACAUUUGAGGACAUUUUUUUUCUUUUUCUUUCUUCUUUCUUUUUUUACAUCUCUUUGUUCUGUUGAACACAAAGAAAGAUAUUUGGAAGAAUGUUAGCAACUGAGAUUUCUGGAGCACCAUUGACUACCAUUGUAGAAAUAAUUAUUCUCUCUAUAUAUAUUUUGUUCUGUUUAACACAAAAUAAAAUAUUUUGUAGAAUGUAGGAAAACAAACAGUUCUGGGGCACCUUUGACAACCGUUUUAAUGGUAUGGUAGUCAAUGGUGCCCCAGAAAUCUCAGUUGCUAACAUUCUUCCAAAUAUCUUUCUUUGUGUUCAACCAAACAAAGAAAUUUAUACUGGUUUGUAACAACUUGAGGGUGAGUAAAUCAUGGCAGAAUAUAAUAUUGGUGAACUAUCCCUUUAAAUAUGAUUUAAAGACUUUUAAAAAUAAUUGUCUCAAAAUAUUAUAGACAUAUACUGAAAAUAUAAUAGAUACCAUAUGGAUUUUCUGUCUCUCCACAUUGGGCAGGGCAGUGGCGCAGCAUGUGUCUCACUGUCUUAUACAACGAUGAACUUUAGAGAGUCUUCGUUUAGAGCUUUAUAUAUUUUUCAAAGCAUAGCCAGGAAGCAGCAUGGAAAUUAGAUAAUUUAUUACCAUGGGCACAAUUAAAAACUGUGAAGACAGCAUUAUUUGGAGGUGAAAUGCAAAUGUGAUGAGGUAUGAGAAUGAUGUGGGUGUAAGUGUUAAACAGUGAGAUAUUCCUUCCAAGAGUGGAUCUUAAAAAGACACUGGCACAGAGCAAGAUCACCUUACUCAUUUCAUGGUGUGAAUGAUUUAGGCGUAAUCAGAGAAUAUGUUGGAUAUUUAAAAAAUGUGAUUGAUGUAUAACCUGCCAUUGAUUUAAAUUUAUUUUUGAAAACUUCUCUGUCUUGUUUUUUCCUAAUGCAUCUGGUUCCUGUCAUUUGAUUUGGCUUGGAAGUAAACAUGGCCCAAAGGCAAAAAACUGUCUGAAGCCUGUUUCUGACCUUUCUUUCUCAGAAAGCUGAUGAAGAAUGAAAUCAUGACUCUGCUGAUGUCGCUGCUAGGUCACUAAACAUGACUUUGGUUUUGGGAAAUA